ACAAAAAGCCGACCAGCUCAGCAGCCCAGCUCACCCUUGGCCUGCCUCCUGCCUCCCACCUGCCCGUGAUGCCCUCCAGUGGUGCCAUCGACAGCAGCUGCUCCAUUCUGGAGAGGGACGAGGACCGCAAGGAGGAAGAGGAGCUGGAGGAGUCCCGUGGCAGGGAGGAGCGACAGGAGCCCGGCACACCCAUGAGGAAGGUGGGGCGGCCUGGAAGGAAACGCAAGCAUCCGUUGGUGGAAAGCAGUGACAUCCCGAAGGAUCUCACCCCAGCCUCAAAGUGCACCCCCCUGGCUCCAGCCCCUGUGGAGCUGCUGCCCAACGGGGAUGUGGAGAAACUGGCUGGUGCCCGGCUUGAAGACGGCAGCCCCACUGGGCGCAAGGGUGGGGUCCGGGCUGAGGGCGAGGCAGAGAUGGAGAGUCCGCCCGAGACCGAAAAUUCCCGAGCCCUAGAGAAUGGCUGCUGCAACCCCAAGGAUGGGCAUGAGCCCUCUGUGGAUGAAGGCAAAGAAGAGAAGGAGGAGGCUAACUUUGACUCCCUGAAAAUGGAGGGCUCCCGGGGCCGCUUGCGAGGGGGCCUGGGCUGGGAGUCAAGCCUGCGCCAGCGACCCAUGCAGAGACUCACCUUCCAGGCAGGUGAUCCCUACUACAUCAGCAAGCGCAAGCGAGAUGAAUGGCUAGCACGCUGGAAGCGGGAGCAGGAAGAAGCAGUUGGAAAGCAGCAGAGCGAGAUGAGAAAGGAGGAGGAAAGAUUUUCAUGCAGACAGGGAUACUCUCACUCCUGCCCGGCACCCCUCUCCAGGACUGAGAUAUCUAGGGCUGAGAAGAAAGCCAAGGUGAUCGCGGUGAUGAAUGUGGUAGAAGAAAGCCCAGGAGCGGGGGAGCAGCAAAAGGAGGAGGAGGCUAGCCCACCCACCAUGCAGCAGCCCACUGACCCUGCUUCGCCCACCGUGGCCACCACCCCUGAGCCCGUGGUGGUCGAUGCCGGCGACAAGAACGCCACAAAGGCAGCCGACGAUGAGCCGGAGUAUGAGGAUGGCCGGGGCUUUGGCAUCGGUGAACUGGUGUGGGGGAAACUGCGGGGCUUCUCUUGGUGGCCGGGCCGCAUCGUAUCCUGGUGGAUGACGGGCCGGAGUCGAGCGGCCGAAGGCACCCGCUGGGUUAUGUGGUUCGGAGAUGGGAAGUUCUCAGUGGUGUGCGUGGAGAAGCUGAUGCCUUUGAGUUCGUUCUGCAGUGCCUUCCACCAGGCCACAUACAACAAGCAGCCCAUGUACAGGAAAGCCAUCUAUGAGGUCCUUCAGGUGGCAAGCAGCCGGGCAGGAAAGCUGUUCCCAACCUGCCCCGAAAAUGACGAGAGUGACACAGCCAAGGCGGUGGAAGUACAGAACAAGCAGAUGAUAGAGUGGGCCCUGGGUGGCUUCCAGCCCUCGGGCCCCAAGGGCCUGGAACCGCCAGAAGAGGAGCGAAACCCCUACAAAGAAGUUUACACAGAGAUGUGGGUAGAACCUGAAGCCGCUGCCUACGCCCCACCUCCACCCGCCAAAAAGCCCCGCAAGAGCACAGCUGAGAAGCCCAAGGUCAAGGAGAUCAUUGACGAACGCACGCGAGAACGGCUGGUUUACGAGGUACGACAGAAAUGCAGAAACAUUGAAGACAUAUGCAUCUCCUGUGGAAGCCUCAACGUCACCCUGGAACACCCCCUCUUCAUCGGAGGAAUGUGCCAAAACUGCAAGAACUGCUUUCUGGAAUGUGCGUAUCAGUACGAUGACGACGGCUACCAGUCCUACUGCACCAUUUGCUGUGGUGGGCGAGAGGUCCUUAUGUGCGGGAACAACAACUGCUGCAGGUGCUUCUGUGUGGAAUGCGUGGAUCUCCUGGUGGGGCCGGGUGCCGCCCAGGCCGCUAUCAAGGAGGAUCCCUGGAACUGCUACAUGUGUGGGCACAAGGGGACCUAUGGGCUACUGCGGCGGCGGGAUGACUGGCCCUCCCGCCUCCAGAUGUUCUUCGCCAACAACCACGACCAAGAAUUUGACCCACCGAAAGUUUACCCUCCAGUCCCGGCUGAGAAGAGGAAGCCUAUCCGAGUAUUGUCUCUCUUCGAUGGAAUUGCUACAGGGCUUCUGGUGCUGAAGGACCUGGGGAUCCAGGUGGACCGUUACAUUGCCUCAGAAGUGUGCGAGGACUCCAUCACGGUGGGCAUGGUGCGGCACCAGGGCAAGAUAAUGUAUGUGGGCGACGUCCGCAACGUCACGCAGAAGCACAUACAGGAGUGGGGCCCCUUUGACCUGGUAAUCGGAGGCAGUCCCUGCAAUGACCUCUCUAUUGUCAACCCUGCUCGCAAAGGCCUCUAUGAGGGCACCGGGCGGCUCUUCUUUGAGUUCUAUCGGCUCCUGCAUGAAGCACGACCCAAGGAGGGGGAUGAGCGCCCCUUCUUCUGGCUUUUUGAAAAUGUGGUGGCCAUGGGUGUCAGUGACAAGAGGGACAUCUCACGCUUCCUAGAGUCCAACCCUGUGAUGAUUGAUGCCAAAGAAGUGUCUGCAGCUCACAGGGCCCGGUACUUCUGGGGUAACCUUCCCGGUAUGAACAGGCCCUUGGCGUCAACAGUGAAUGAUAAGCUGGAAUUACAGGAAUGUCUGGAGCACGGCAGGAUAGCUAAGUUCAGCAAAGUGAGGACCAUCACCACUCGGUCAAACUCCAUCAAACAAGGCAAAGACCAGCAUUUCCCUGUCUUCAUGAACGAGAAAGAGGACAUCUUAUGGUGCACUGAAAUGGAAAGGGUCUUUGGCUUCCCAGUCCAUUACACUGACGUCUCCAACAUGAGCCGUUUGGCGAGGCAGAGACUCCUGGGUCGGUCAUGGAGCGUGCCUGUGAUCCGUCACCUCUUCGCCCCCUUGAAGGAGUAUUUUGCCUGUGUGUAAGAGACAUGAGGAGGAACUGAGGUAGUGUCGAAAAAUCAAAAUUAAACCACCAAGAUCACGAGGAUGGAGAGAAGUAUCAGCACCCGGAAGAGAAAAAGGAAUUUAAAAAAAAAACAUGGAAAAAAAACAAAACCACGGAAAAACAGAUGGGGAAACAUCGCAAGGCAUUGCCAUGCAGAAAGGGUUGGACGUCAUCUCCUGAAUUUUCAAUGUUAAACUUUGAUCCUAUUUAACAACAAAACCAAACCCCCUCUUUCUUUUGGGUCAAAACUUUCAGUUUUCCACUCUUUUUCCAAAGGGGAUUUCUGUUUGUUUGGGUUUUUGUUUCCCGAGCUGUGACUGAGACUAGAGGGUUUUUUUUUUUCUCAUGCUGUAAAAAGAGAAGGAAAAAACCGGAAAUUACAGCCAAAAAAAAAAUCACCAAGAACAUCAGCAACGCCGCCAAUGCAGAGGGAAGAUGAGAGAGAGGGGAAAAAAAUGAAAUAUUCUAUAGAAAUCUAUAUAUCGUUAUUUUUUUUUAAUUUUUUUAUUUUAUUUUAUUUUUAUUUUUUUUUUGUCUCUGGCCUGGUCAGAUAGGAGCACAAGCGGGGACAGAAAAACAGGGAGAUGCUCAGGUGGCCACAUUCACUUCCAGCCACCGAGCCUUAUCUUACCAGCACCAUUCCUGGUGAUGCAAACACAACCCAACUAGCAGCAGGGAAGACGAGAACACCCACACACAUUUUUAUACAGUAUUUCAGGUGCCUACCAUACAGGAAACCUUGAAGAAAAUCAGUUUGUAGAAGCCGCUGUUACCUCUUGUUUACAGUUUAUAUAUAUAUGAUAGAUAUGAGAUAGAUAUAUAUAUAUAAAUAUAUAUAUAUAAAAGGUACUGUUACUACUGUACAACCCGACUUCAUAAUGGUGCUUUUAAACAGCGAGAUGAGUAAAAACAUCAGCUUCCGCGUUGCCUUACGUGCAAAGGAUUUUACCCAAGGGUGGAGGAGAGGAAGAGCUGAUGGCUUUUUAAAAAUACUGAAAAUGAGUUUUUUCUUUUUCUUUUUAAAAUUGGGCAGGGGAGGCGAGGGCAGGGAGAGGAGCGGUGUCUCCAUCCCCUUUUUCUCCCUGCAGAAGCGGGGGUAAAAGUGCGGGACAGGGCGGGGCGCAGUGGGAGCUGGAGGAGGUAG